AUGGCAGACCCGGAGCUGAUGGAGGAGCGAUUGACACACAGUGCAGCUAUCACUCAGUUCAUCCAGAUUACCAACGCCCAAAUCGACGCUGCCGAGACAUGCCUCCGAGCAUAUGGAUGGGAUCUCGAUCAAGCAGUCACGGGAUGGUUCGAGCAGAACGAGCCAGAGGCAGAGGCAGGCGAGGAUACAGAGAUGGCAGGAGCUGAACCCAAACAAGAAGAAUACACCGGACCGCGAACUCUUGAUGGCAGACCUGCACCGCAAUCCAUCCCUGCUGUCGGUUCAUCCUCGAGCUCUGCUAAGCCAAAGAAGAAGGGAGGAAUCGCUACGCUGGGCUCUUUAAGUUCUGGAAGUCACGGCCACGGCCACGAUGAUGACGAUGACGAGGACGACGAGGACUUUGAUCCUGACGGGGAGCCUAGAGAUCUGUUUGCCGGUGGAGAGAAAUCGGGACUGGCUGUUCAGGAUCCCCCAUCGAGAAGUAAUGAUCCAAGAAAGGUUGUGAGCGAUAUCCUUAAAAAGGCAAAAGCAAACGCGGCCAGACCAGGCGGUGGACCCUCAUCAUCAGCAGCAGCUCCAUCCCGAUUCCGUGGCAGCGGCAUGACCCUCGGCGGUGAAGACACACCCUCUCAAGUCAUCCCCGAUCCUCAUCCCCAAGCCCCCGAAGUAGGCGAAACCCAAACCCGCAUUCUCCAUCUCUGGACCGAUGGUUUCAGCGUCGAGGACGGCCCUCUCCACCGUUUUGACGACCCCCAAAACGCCGCCGACCUCCAAAUGAUCCGCACCGGCCGAGCCCCCCUCCACCUAAUGGGCGUGCGUCCCGAUCAGCCCGUCGACGUCCAGCUCAUCAAGCACAACGAAGCUUACAAGGCCCCUCCUAAGGUCUACAAGCCAUUCAGUGGAUCCGGUAACAGACUGGGCAGCCCGACCCCUGGUGCUUCUACGACCAGUACCGCGCCUGCUGCGGCUCCGACUGCUGCUAGCUCGAAUGUUGGCCCUGUUGCACCAGCUAUCGAUGAUUCCCAGCCGACCGUUACUCUCCGUAUUCAGCUUGCAAGUGGUACCAGACUCACCGCUCGAUUUAACACUACCAACACGAUUGGCGAUAUCUAUGAUUUUGUCAAUUCCGCUGCUCGCGAAAACAAUGAGCGAGAUUGGGUCUUGGCUACCACGUUCCCGAAUAAGGAUCAUACGGACAAGUCGUUAGUCUUAGGCGAGAUGGCUGAGUUCAAGCGAGGUGGCAAUGCUGUUCAGAAGUGGACUUAG